GACCGCUGGACUGGUUGGAUUAUAGAUACUAGACAUAAGGAUUUGUGGAGAUGUUGGGUCGUCAAGAAGAUAAAUUAUGUGGAAUUGUCUCUGCUCUGGCGGCUUUGUCCUUCGCAUGCUUUGUUCAAAGCUCCACUGGAAGCACUGGAAUGUCUUUGGCCAAGACCACUGUGGACAAGUUGCUGAAGGGAUAUGACAUCCGUUUAAGGCCUGAUUUUGGAGGUUCUCCAGUCAUUGUUGGGAUGAGCAUCAACAUAGCAAGCAUCGAUUCCAUCUCAGAAGUAAACAUGGACUAUACCAUCACAAUGUAUUUCCAGCAAAGUUGGCGAGAUAAGCGUUUGGCCUAUGGAGAGCUAAACCUCAACUUGACUCUGGAUAAUCGUGUAGCAGAUCAGCUUUGGCUCCCAGACACCUACUUCCUUAAUGACAAGAAGUCCUUUCUUCAUGGGGUGACAGUCAAAAACCGCAUGAUCCGACUACACCCCGACGGCACUGUCUUGUACGGGCUGAGAAUAACCACCACUGCUGCUUGUAUGAUGGACCUGAGAAGGUACCCUCUUGAUGAGCAGAACUGCACUUUGGAAAUUGAAAGCUACGGAUACACCACGGAUGACAUUGUGUUCUUUUGGCAAGGAGGGGACAGUGCUGUGACAGGGGUCGACAAGUUGGAGUUACCUCAAUUCUCCAUUGUGGACAUUCGCUUGGUGUCCAGGGAUGUCAGGUUCAGCACAGGUUCUUAUCCCAGACUUUCGCUGAGUUUCAGGAUUAAGAGGAACAUUGGAUAUUUCAUCUUGCAGACAUAUAUGCCCUCCAUCUUGAUCACCAUUCUUUCUUGGGUCUCUUUCUGGAUCAAUUAUGAUGCCUCUGCAGCUCGGGUGGCCCUGGGUGUGACAACGGUGCUCACCAUGACAACAAUUAACACCCACCUGAGGGAGACUCUCCCAAAGAUCCCCUACGUGAAAGCCAUCGAUGUCUACCUCAUGGGCUGUUUUGUGUUUGUGUUCCUGGCCCUGCUCGAAUAUGCCUUUGUAAAUUACGUGUUCUUUGGCCGGGGCCCGGCGCAACAGAAGCAAAUCAAUGAGAGGCUGAACAAAGUCAACAAUGAGCGCACAAGAUACGAGGAGAAGCGCCUGAGGGAACAGGACUCCAUUUCCGUGCCGUUUCAAACCAACACCUUCAGGUCAUUUACACAGCGAAGAAAUCUGUAUCUCGAGGAACAAAGAAAAGUUGGGGUGGACGCGUACGGCAACAUUCUCCUCUCCACUCUGGAAAUGAACAACGAAGUGAUGCCUUCUGACGUGAGAAGCAGCGUUAGUGACUCUCGGAAUUCCGUCAUGUCCUUCGACAGCUCCGGGGUCCAAUUCAGGAAGCCCAUGGCGCCCCGAGAUGGUUUCAGCCACCACUCGCUGGAUCGGAGCACUAUGCGAAGCCGGGCCAACUGUCGACUACGGCGACGCUCGUCCAAGCUCAAGCUAAAAAUCCCAAACCUGUCAGAUGUAAGCACCAUUGACAAGUGGUCCCGGGUCAUAUUUCCCAUCACUUUUGGAUUCUUCAACCUAAUUUACUGGUUAUACUAUGUGAAUUGAUGUGCAUCCCACUAGGAAUCAUGGGCCAUAUUUCGAGAGCACAUUGGUGAAUUGGCUUUGAUACAGUUCCAAAAUAUGUAUACACAUAUACAGGUUGAACAUAUGUAUAUGCAUAUUUCUAUACAGUAUAUUAUAUUUAUAUAUACACACACACACCAACCCGAAGGACUUUUCUGCUGUACAAAGUAUUAACGGGAUGACUUGAAUGUUUAAAAUUAAUUGCGAGAGAAGAAUUUCAAAGUUCCUUUUUUCCUCCUGAAACGGACAUAUGGACGUAAAGAUCCCAGUGCGGAUUUUUGGAACUAAAAGACUGCAUGAUAUUUUUGCUACAAAAAAAAUGGAAGAAGGAGGAGAAGCCCAUGAUGACGAGAAGAUACCAACAUUGACUUUUUAGUGAUUCUCUACUGCAGCUCAUGAAAUCAGUAGUGGUUGUCUGGGUCCCCCGGGCCAUAUGUAGCCCAUGGAUACCAGGUGCACGGGAAUCUGCGGUUCCACCAUGUACAGCAACCUAAUUUAUUUUUAAUUUCUACAUAUUUUCCGGGAUUCGUAGCGUUCUGUCGAUCAGACAUCGACCGGGAUGUUUGACCCGCCACGUUUGUGCGCCAGAGUCCACGCAAAACUUCUAAAUCCCUUCUCUCGGUCAAGUUAUUUUCAGGUGAUGGGAGGAAGCGUGGUCUAAUGUCUGCUUUGGUUCAAAAACAAGUGCUGAUAAGUGUAGUUUGUCUUGAAAAAUACUGUGAUUUUCAAAGAAUGUCAGAACUUGUUCUAGAGCUAGGGCAUUAUGAGAUAAGAGUCAAAAGGUUUGCAUUACUCAAUUUGACAAAAAAAAAAGCACUAUGUACAUUUUUAUCACUCAGUAUUCUCUAUGUAUUGUUUAUUUCAGUGUUCAUAUCUUUGUGUUUGCGAAAGGAACUGGGGCGGGAGGGCGGCCGGGAAGGGAGUGAUGUAUUGUUUUUUGUGAUUUGUUCGAGCUAAUCCACAGUAAAAAUGUACCAAUUAUGUAUAUUUAAAAGAGUCAGCGUUAUCAGGCCACAGUUUGGUAGUUUUCAUGCUUUGUUUGUGGAGCAUUUCAUCAGUGGGGCGCAAAAGAGAAAAACAAAUUUUAAGCUAAAUUAACAAAAUAUCUGUCACUUGGAGCCAAACAUCGUAAUUGAAAUUAAGAGAACCUGAAUAAUCCAAAAGCAAUAUUGUUUUGUUUCUAGAAAAAUGAAACAAGAAAUUGAAAGAAAUAAAACAGCAAGACGUCCAAUGCAAAUUGCAAAAUUGACAAAAUGUUGGUUCUUACUGGAAUCUGUUUGAGCAAGGAGAUAGGUAAAUAGGACCACUACCUGGAUAAAAGUAUUGGGAGACCUGGCAAAGAUAGCUAAAAAGAUAGAUUUUUUCUAAAAUGCGGCCAUUCACAUACAAUCUAUCUAUUUUGGCGAUUAUCGUUUUUUGAUUACCUUAUUCUGGUCAGAUGAGUGCAACCUGAGCGCCGGAGCAUUCACAUUGAGGACGCAUCGCAUAUAUAUUUGAUUUAUUUCCACAUACAAAAGUGGUCUUGGUCUGAUAUGAAACAUUCUGCAUUUGCACUGUUCACGUUGACAUGAAAAAGACCAAUGCAGGUCGUAUAUGGGCAAAUAAUAGGAACUGAUCUGUAGUGUGAACGAGGUCACGAAGUUAAGUGUUUUCUAAAAUGAUGACUUGUGAGGUGCUUGAGCAAUACACUCCAGCUAGGUGGCGGUAGUGUUCGAAUUUAUCGACAUGGCCAACUCAGA